UGCAGUAUGUUGUGUGUAUCAGGGCUAAGAGGUUACCCUGGAUGUGCGUAGUUAGUAUGGUACAGAUUGAAUAUAUUCUGCAGUGAGCUACCGCUAGUUGUGAGGGGAGUUUUGAACUGGGGGCUAGAUCUCCUGUUGCUAUUCCAUUUUGAAACGGGUUCCACAGCUGAUGUGCUUUUAUCAACAGACUUCACCUCUGCUCUCAGCUCAGGUGCAUGGUCAUGAACAUCAGCCUCGACCUGUUCGAACACAUGUGGAUAGCUUGCGUGAGUGAAUGAAAACAAAUCGCUGGCAUGUUUAGGUCAUCCUUUUCUUCAAUCUAGCUCAAAGCAAUGAGCCAGAAGGAUCUCAUUCAUUGAUACUACAAAUCACUGACUUCAGAAGUGAUAGCAGGAGAGAGAAAACUGCUCCAUUUUUGUGGUGGAAUAACUAUUGCUGUUGGGGACAUUUUCCUUCGACCAGUAGUUCUAGGACCAGUACUGGAUAUCGGUGGAGUGCAGUGUUGUGGAAAAUUGUGACCAAAAACUGAAAAAAGUAUUGAAUUUUUCUUCAGUUAAUGGAAUAUAGACCAAGCUUUCAUCGGUUCCUGGUCCCUGGUUGCGCUUUUCUUCUUCUGAAUCAUGAGGCAAAGGACUUGGGAUUGAUGGAAUGGAUGGGUUCAAGAUUUGCCUGUGAUUUGGAGAGAUUUUAGUCACAUUUUAGAGGAGAAGGGAUCAGACUGGUACACCAAAUCAGUUUAAGGAUAGACCGGUAAGCCUUUCUCAGGGAAUACAUACCAUCAGUCCAAGCUGUAGAGAUUUAAAGGAAAAGGAUAGAGACUGGUAACCAUCCAGAACUCUGGUCAGUGAAUUCCAGAGUGGUGACCAUUUUUUGGAAGUACUACACCCAUUCAAACCUAUGCAGUGCGUGUUCUGCAACUGUGCAAAGAAGGGACUAGGCUGGUGCCGGAAGAAGAGGAAAAUGCCCGCAAUGGAGGAGGAGAAAAAGACGAGGCCGCUCUUGGGCGGUCUGUCAUGGUUACCGAUCAGUACUGGACUUCUGGCGAUUUUGACUUGCGUCGUAACGUACACAAUAGCUGUGCUUAGUAACCAUAUAAUGGUUGUUCUUCCGUAUGUAAGUGACGCUGGGAUGAAUUAUCCAGAGAGCAGUAUAUUCAGUAUGUGUUUGAACAUCGUAGUAGCAUUAUUAAUAACCACCUUAGUAGUCCGGUACUACCUUCUGGCAGAGUGUCCGCUGGAGUUAGAACCAAAAGCUCGUUUUAGAUAUAAACGGGUUAACAAAUCGUCGUUAGUCGUUGGAUGUUUAUCAGCGUUCGGCCUUGCAAUAUUAUCAAAUUUUCCACUGAAACUGAUCGGGUCGGAGUCAAAGGAAGAUAAGAACUUGACCAUCCAUCUCAUUGGUGCCUUCUUCUGUUUCCUCUUCGGGGUCAUGUACGGCUUCAUGCAUGCAUGGCUCUCCUUCCAAGGGUGGUCGAAGAUCACCAAUCCAUAUGUGUGCAUUCUAAGACUAGCUUUAGCGUCGUUUGGAGCUGCAGAUUUAGUAAUGGUAAUAUUAUUUGGCUCUGGGCUGAGGUGGUAUGCAACAAAAGACAAUCCAGUAUUACACUUUAGGCGGAUCAGUGCAGCUUUUGAAUGGAUGCUCGUCGUCAAACUCAACGUGUACUUCAUGACCUUCUCGCAUGAGUUCCGUCACAUCAAGCUCUUCACGCAGCUCCAGCACUGGCGAGGGAACCAGUGGGAGUCUAUAGAGGGCAGCAUAGGCACGGCCACGCCCGCCACGGAGUCGGUGAACGAGGACGACGUGGAGGUGAAGAUCCAGUGCCUGGAUAGAAAGAGCACGCAGCCCGGCACGAGAUACGAAAAGCAUACCUUGAUUUGAUGCAUGUUGUAAAACGAAUGCUGCAUCGUGAUUCAAAUAGUAUUAUGCAAUACAGGUAAAAGGUAACAUUAUGAUAAAAAUCCCAGAGGACUGGGACAGAGGCUACUACUACACGGCCAGUAACAGAAACAGCUGGUCGUCGAUGACCACCAAAGAUCCCCCGUACAUCAUCGACAACCUCGACAAUCUGGCCAUGAAGAACGCCCUGUACAGCUCAAUCAUUUCAUCGUCCUUCGCCAACAUGGUGGUCGCCGAUCUCUUCGAGCCGGGCUUGCCCGCGUCGCCGUACGACGAGGAAUACAAGAUAUCCUUCUCCCACCCGGUCAGCUUCUCCGACUUCGAGGACAGCGGGUUUGUGGGUAAUCGGCGGCACUCAGUACUGGAUUCUACGCAGUUUCACAACGAGAAGAAUGCGAGCGAGUUUACGCACUGGGCAACCUAGUGCACCAAUCGAUGUUGAAUGGACCUUGUUCCUUUGCUCUGUUGAGAGCUACAUGUAGUAGGCAUUAUUAAGCUCAUAUACAAUGUAGUUUGACAGAGUUAAAGCUCUUCUGAAGCUCAGCCAAAUUUCUCCUUGCUGUGUAGAGAUACGACAUGAAUUUGAUAGUGUGUUUUCUUUGAUGUUUUAAACAUGGUUAGGCUAAGAUAUAUUCUGCAGUUGGGGAAAACCUCCCACCGGGCAGAAAUACCAUGAAUUGUGUGUUUCCAGUACAUGGUUAGGUUAAAAAUUGCAUGUGUAAUCUGCAAAAAGAAUUGCAAAAAAAUCUUCAGUAUAGACAAAAGUGCCAUGAAGGAGAUAACUGGCUCUCCGAUGGGAUUAAGGGAGUCCAAAUUCACUUUGGGCUCUAUACAGAUGAUAUAAUCAUGAGCAAAGAGAGUAACAGAUUUGAUCUGUUCCUAGUAUCAAUGUUGGGUAGUCCCAUUGCCAAGGUCUUGAUGCUGAGACUUUAAUUGUAUUUUGUUUGCUUUUUAGGGUGUCGUUUUAAAUGAUAUACAGGCAGAUGUAUAGUAGCACCAAUAUCCCUUUUUAAAGGCCAGUUUACUAUUCCAUAUAAAUUUGUGGAUAAUGUGAGUUAUGAAUUUCUUCCUAAAGCUCUCGGUGACCCCCAAACUUAACUCACUCUGGAUACAUUACUUGUUGCUAUAUCAGGCAAGCAAUUUACAGCAUUCAGGUCAAGAGCAACUUUGUAUGUAUUGGGUUCGCAACCUCUCAGGUCUUAAAGAGGAAUAGCUGUUGCUAUAUCGGGCAAGUUUCCAGCAAGCUAACAGGUCAUUGAGAGCAACUGCGAUUUCAGAAGUAUUCACAAAUUCAAAUACACAAGCAAACAGUUGUAUUCUGAGUCAUUAUAUUCCAUGGCAUUAUACAAAUAUACACAGAUUUACAAAACUCAAUUAAGAGUGACAACAGUAUUUUUAUCGGUCAGUUCUUGACCCAUUGUCUUUGUAUGGGAACUGGAAGUGCCUUUGCCAAAUAAACCUAUGGCAUGUGCUGCCCUCUAUGGUCAAUUACUGUAGUGGAUGUAGCGAGAAUUGAGUGUGACAACAAGAUUUUGAUGUUUUUAAGUUUUCCUCUACCUCAUGCCCUAAAACAGUCUUCAUUUUACAGAGAGUAGAGCAUGAUUUUUGCUUUGAUUUUUAUACAGUUCCCUUUUAAAUCAGAUCAGAAAUGUAUGAUGUUCCGGGUACAUUGUUUUUUUAAUUCAUAGGUAUCGCAAGGAUUAUUUUAUUACCACUGCCGUAGUUUAAGGUUAGAAGAACAUUCAGUGUAAGGUAGCUUGGCCAAAUGUGUCACAAAAAGAGACGUCUAUAGAUCCUCUAAGACAAGUGCAUUAUUGUAAAAAGUCGUAAUUUUUGGCAAAGAGGGAGCAUUGUAUCAUUGCGAUAUAGAUCUGGUGAAGUUUAUGAACCUCUAUAACCUUCAUUAGGCUAAAUUAUAUUAAAUUGUGUCCUUCACCACACGAAUCAUUUCUGUCUAACUUACCAGACUUUCUAUUGGUCAACUAGCCUACUCAACGAGUUAUUUUACUGUUUACUGAGAGAUUAAACUUAAAAACUUAAAAAUUUAAACUCCAAUAUCUCUUUGUAGAAGUAAUAUUUGGUGCUCAUAUUUUAGACAUGGAACCCCUUACAUCACAAGAAAAACAUUUUUUAGUGAUUGGUACACUUAAACUUAUCCUUCAGAUUUAGAUUUAUAAAAAUUACAACUUUAGUUCACCGAUUUUCACCAGCAGUUAUGCCUUUUGCAUUCCAGAUGCAUCUAAUCACGCUGCAUUUUGCUAAGCCAUGUAACAAAUUAACAUCCCAUGAUCUAGGCCAGUUUAAGAAGUUGGCAAUAAUAAAAAUGAAAAUAUUUCUUUUACAUGGAAGUCAUAUACUCUGGGAACUAGAGGGAUUUUAACAUGAAUGUUGCAAUAUGAAUAAUUAAGAAUUUCUUAAUUACCCAAUUGAAAUAUAUUGAGCUAUUUACUUGAAAUAAUGAAUUAUGUCUGUGUCAAAUUCUGAAAUUUGGGAUACUGGGGGUUAGUGAGACCAAAAUAUCUAUUAGUUAAGUUGAUGGGGUUUUAUUUGGUGUGUUUAUGCUUUCUUUGUUUUCCUUCUUUAUCUUUCCUUGUUUCUCUUUAACUAUUUUUUUGUCAGGUUAAAUUUCUAUUUGAGGUGAAGUUUUGAGGUGUUGCUGAUUAGUUAUCAUUUUUUAACUCGAUAUGAUACUUUGAUUCAGCUGUACUAAUGAAGCUCGACUAACUUCAGUCCCGUAUACUUGCAGUUGUGUUUGCUGUUGUAAAAAAGUACAACAAACAUUAAAACAAAAUGUUGAUUAAUGUGUGAAUGUACAAAAUUGGUUCAUGAUCUGCUCCGAGCUAGAGGGCUAUUAACUGCUCAUUUACCACAAGGUUAAAGCUCUAUUGGCUCUACACCAGAUACAUGAUAUUACGAAUGAUCUUAAUUGCAGUACAUCGACUGUUCUAAGUUUGUGGUACAUUGAUAUGCAGGCAAAGGAAGUGAGGAAUGUUUAAUAUUAGAAAUACUAUCACUUGGUGCCUUCUUACUCUAACUCAACUUUUAUCUAUGCCUGAAGUGUGAUAUACCACAUGUGACUAUCUCUCGCUCAAAGGGUCUUAUCUCAUUUGAUGGUGAUAAAGGUAACAAGGUGAAAAGCCUAUACUAUUUGUAUGUAUAUAUGUGCGUAGCUAUAGAGAUAUAUAUUUAUAUCCACUAUUUAAUUGUAUUUUAAACCAGAAAUCAAUGAUCUAUUUUCUUAUAUAUCUUUUGUCUUCUUGUGGUAUAACUCAAUACCCUAUAACACUAUUCACUCUUGUAUUUCUAGGAAUAUAGAUGUUUUGCCUUAUGUAAUGUAAAAUAGCAGAUUAUAUGAAUAUAUUGGAAUCAUGUUGAAAGAGGAAUAUAUAGAGAGGGGUGAGUUUUAUGGUGCAGAUUUUUUUUCUGUAUAUAAUGACGGUUAAUGAAGGGAGAGAGCCCUGUUUGCAUGGGGAAGGGAGGGGUGUCUUUUCAAACUAGGUGUACACCAAUAUAUUUUUAAAGCCUCUCUGUACUAGUUUGGCCAGGAGGGAUUAGACCUCCCACCAUAGUCACUGACAGGUGGAUAUCUCAUCAAAUC